GACACGGGGAGAGGGGGACACGGGGAGGAGGAGGAGGGACGCGAGGAGGAGGAUGGAGGCUGGAGGCGGGGUGGUGGCGCUCGGAGCCUGGGCCGCGCUCUGCUUCUUCUUGAGGCUUGUCGCGGCGCAACGAGACGGGCUCAUGAUGUUAAUUGGGGAGCAGAAGGCGGAGCGGGAGUGUCUCAGGCUCGAGUGCCCCUCCCAGACCGCGGGCCUCCCUCGCCGCCCGCUCUGCGCGUCCGAUGGGCGAACCUUCGCCUCGCACUGCGACUUGCGGCGCGCGCGGUGCAAGGACCCCCUCCUCAGCGUGGCGCACCGGGGCCGGUGCAAGGAGAUGUCGCGGUGCCAGGCCGAGCGCUCGCACGCGCAGAAGCAGGCGAGGCGUGAGACCCGCGCCGUCUUCAUCCCGGAGUGCAACGCGGACGGGAGCUACUCGCAGGUUCAGUGUCACAACCUCACCCGCUACUGCUGGUGCGUGACCCCCCAGGGGCGCCCCAUCAGCGGAUCUUCCGUGGAGGCCAGCACCCCACAGUGCACGGGAGGACCCCCGCAGCGAAUCCGGACCAACACUCACGGCAAGGCGAAUGACAAAUCGAUCUUGGAUCCACUCGUCCAUGCGCCUCGGCUGUUGGAGUCUGGAGGUGUGUGGCAAGACGGUGAUGGUGACAUCACCAGGUAUCCGGGCCGCGCUGGAACUGCGGAGGAGAGAAACAGGACAGGUUCAGAGAUUCGGGAGCCCACGCUGCUGAAGAGCAACAUUGGGAAGAGAUCGGGCCGCGUGGGAGUGCCCGUGAAGAGCACCGACUCCGUUCUCAGUCACCCCCAUCAUCAUCAUCCUCAUCAGCCACAGGAUCAGCAGCAGCAGGGCGCCUCCUGCGAGCUGGAGCGAAAGACGGCCCUGGACCUGGCCCAGAAACGUCCCGGGGAGGAUUCCUUCGUCCCCGAGUGUGGCGACGGAGGGCAGCUGUUCCUACCCGUGCAGUGCUACCUCUCCACUGGCUACUGCUGGUGCGUGUUUGUGGACUCGGGGAGACCCAUCCCGGGCAGCUCCAAGCGGGACGAACCCCCGAUCUGCGACGGCAACGCCCGCGUGCGCAACGAGGCCACAGACCCCUUCAGGGGGCGACCCAUGCAGGGAUGCCCCGCGCCCAAGAGGGCGGAAUUCAUCACCAGCGUGCUGGACGCCCUCACCACCGACAUGGUGAGCGCCAUCAACUCCAGCCGCGGGUCCAGGGUCCCGGAGCCGAACCCCCGCCACACGCUGGAGGAGCGCGUGGUCCGCUGGCACUUCUCCCGCGUCGACCGCGACCGCGACGGCGCCGUGAGCCCCGGGGAGGCGCGCGCCCUGCGGCGCCUCCUGCGGCGCAGGGCGGCCGCCCCGCGCCGCUGCGCGCGCCGCUUCCUCGACUUCUGCGACCUGAGCGGCGACCGGGAGCUGUCCCUGGCCGAGCUCACGGGCUGCCUCGGCAUCGCCACCUCCGCCGCCACCUCCACCUCCUCCUCCUCCUCUGUAUUAUUCUUAUCAUCGUCGUCAGCGUCGUCAGCAGCAGCAGCGGCGGCGUCGUCAUCGACGGGGAGUUCUGCGCACAACGGGAGACUCAAGACCCCAAUCAAACGACAUGGACCCAACCCCCUCGCGAGCUUUCUGGUGUGAGGCCGAAGAGGUGGAGAGUUCAUCGAAAUUCCGGGAGGACGAGGAAGGGAGGGAGGGAGGGAGGAGGUCACGAGGUCAAGGGGUCAAGAUCGCCAGCUCCUCGUCGCACCCUGGCUCAGAGCCUGCCCUGCUGCUCAUAAACGUCGUCCGGCGUCGUGCGGCGUCGCCUGGGACUCCUCGCUCGGUCGAUCGCGAGACUCGAGUCUCCAAACCUAAACUUAAAACGAUAAAAAAACUUUUUUUGAUUUCACCAGGUAAGGCCCCCCACUGAGCUCCUGUAUGGCUCUUUUUCAGAAGCGACCUGGCGGCCACAAAUGAUAGCCCAACGAAGUGGCU